AUGAGUCCAGUGGAUACGGACGACAUGAUUUUUCCUGGCAAAUAUGCGCUGGAGCGAGUUGACGAAUUCCAAGCGAGAAUCCAACUGGUGGAAAAUUCCAACGAAUCGCUUUUGUCGGCAAAGGAGCAGCAAGCCCAAAAGAUCUCGGACCUGGAGAAGUCAUUGAAAGACCAAGGUGAUGCGCUGACGACACUCAAAGAGGAGAACACGAUUCUUCGUGAAAGCUUGGCACAGAUCCGCGCUUCCAUUCAGCAACUGGCGAAGGCUAAGUUGGAAACACAACAGAGUCUUUUUGACAACAAUUUUCAACAAUUCCGCGAAUCACUCGACAAAAAACCGAAAGAAGUGGAAUGGAAAUUGGUUGAAAGAAAUUCGGUGAUCGAGGGCUUACGCCUUCCACUAAGCAACAUUGCGAAGACUGUUGAAAGCCGCAAGAAAGAGAUUGUCAACGAGAAAGAAAGGCUAGACAUGUACACCAAAUCUCAUAAUAUGCUAUCAAACGCUUGGAUCAUAGUGAAUCAGCGAGUGCCCAUGGAGACGAAUUCUGAUGGAAGCACCGUUAAGCGCAAGAAUAGCAUGGUUGGUGAGGACCAAGGCUCAGCGAAGCGCCAGUCUACCUCGGCGGGACCUGAGGCUACAGGUGAUGGUAGUUUCACUUCCACACACGGUAGUGACUAA